CAAUAUGACAACUGCAGCGGCAGCAGCAGCGAUGUUGCAUGGCAAGGUGAAAUUGGGGAUGGAGAAAUUGAAUUUGAGUUUUAUUAAAUAUGCGCCGGCGGAGCCAUUUACGAAGUUUAUUUUUCUUACACCUUUUUCGAAAACUAAUAGAGUGUGGUGUGCGGAACUCGACGCCAUGAGACGCGAAAGCCAUUGGCCAGUUUGAUAAGCAGCCAAUUCACAUAAGAUACAUAGUUCGGUGCAGCUUAGUCUUGGUUUCUGGUCAGCAAAUGUUGUGGAUUUAUACUGUGCAUACAUAGGUCGGGGUCUACAGACAACGACGACGACGAAGAGGCGACCGUCACUAAAAAAAAAAAUCUAAUAACAGUAGCGGCUGGUAACUUAUUUAAAGGCAUCGCCGUGACUUCUUGUGAUUGUACAUUAUAAUUCAAAAGGCUAACAUGCGCCUAUAUGAGUUAAUGCUGGAGCAAAAGGUAACUCCACUUCAGCACUUCUACGAAGGAGCGAAUAUAUUAAUAACGGGUGGAACAGGUUUUCUAGGCAAAAUUUUACUUAAUAAAUUAUUCACCUCAUGCCCUGGCAUCGAAAACAUAUAUAUAUUAAUUCGAAACAAAAAUAAUAAGGACGUCCACACACGCGUUGAAGAAAUUUUUGAUGAUCCGAUAUUCAAUGCUAUGAAAAAAGUGGCACCAAAAUUUCGUCAUCAGUUUCAAGGCAUAGCCGGCGACUGUAUGUUACCAGGUUUGGGUCUGAGUCAAGAAGACCGAAAGCUUUUGAUCCAGCGUGUUAACAUCGUUUUUCACAUGGCAGCAACAGUUCGAUUUGACGAGAAACUAAAAGUGGCUAUGCAAAUAAAUGUGAAAGCAGCACGGGAUAUCAUGUUACUUUGCAGUGAAAUGAAGCAAUUGAAAAGUAUACUGCAUGUGUCCACAGCAUAUACUCAAUGCCCACUACGACAAAUUGAUGAAAAGUUUUAUCCUCCGCCUAGUAAUUCCGAAAACCUAAUACUACUUACAGAGUGCACACCGGAGAACCUGUUGGAAUCAAUGACGCCUCUACUAUUAGGCAAAUGGCCAAACACUUACACCUUCACAAAAGCUGUUGCAGAGGACAUAAUUAAAACCUAUGGUAAAAAUUUGCCAGUAGGCAUGUUUCGACCUGGCAUCGUUAUAUCUACUUACCGAGAUCCUGUUUGCGGUUGGAUUGAUAACUUUUAUGGCCCAACGGGAGCCAUUGCCGGUGCUGGCACGGGAGUCAUUCGUACAUUACGAUGUGAUCCAAGAGCUGUGGCUAAUAUGGUGCCGGUGGAUUUGUGUGUAAAUAGUAUUAUUGCCGCAACGUGGGACAUAUCACAAAGACACAAGUAAAAACAUUAUUCGACCAAAUAAGUAUAUCUGGUUCUAAAGUAAUAUAGGACUCCUUAGAAUAGUGAUGAUCCCUUUAUUCUCUAGGCGCCCUUUAAAGUACUAUAUACAAAUCUUCCCCCCGGGAUAUGAUUUGGUCGGCAGUCACUUGCCCGAGUUAAGCUGUCAUAUUAACCAAAAGUGCUUUUGUUAUAGUAAAGGUUUUGUUCUGGUCUUAAUUGGUAAUACUUUAAAAUUUCAUCAUCAAAACAAAAUCCACGGAAAUAUCAUAAUAACACAGACCUCCGAAAU